GAUUUCGGCUAUCCCCAAGCAACGUCAACCGAGGUACUGAAGUCUUACAUUUCGAACCAACCGUGCAAUGUGACGUACGACAAGCCGCUACAACGACAGCCGGGGAAAACCCUCCCGUCACACGCCGCCAACAAGCCCAUAGCAACCUCCGUCGAGUCUAUGAGGACACAGAAGAACGAGAUAUUUGUUGAUUUACUGGAGAGGCUGACAAUACUAGUUGCCCCAACAGGUAACAUUCUUAGAUCCCAUCUCGAUGGCUGCAUACAAAUGAGGAACUUCCUCGGUGGCCAACCAGAGAUAAGAAUGGGACUGAACGAAGACUUGGUGAUUGGUCGGGCGGAGCGUCGUCAUGGCUACGGGACUGUUGUCCUCGACGACUGCAAUUUCCACGAGAGUGCUAAUCUUGAGAACUUUGAGAAGGAGAGAAGUCUCAGCAUCAUGGCCCCUGGAGGGGAGUUCACACUCAUGAACUACCGAGUCAGUGGAGAGUUCCUCAACUCCAUUCCAUUCACAGCCACCACCACCGUGGAGGACGGGGAUGUCCCCAAGUCUCUGAGGGUGUGUGUUCGCCUCAAGUGCCAAGUUCCUUCAAAAACUCACGCGACCAAUGUGGUUGUUCGUAUACCGGUUCCCAAGGCAACAGUAAGCUCCUCCCACGAGCCGCUGGGUCCCGGACAGACGUCGGAACUGAAGAUACCAGACAAAUGCUACCUCUGGAAGAUCAAGAAGAUACACGGAGGGGAGGAAAUUAUACUGAUUCUCAGGCUAAACCUGUCAGAUAUGACAAAGAUGGCAAAGAAAGAAGUCAAUGCCAUCAGCAUGGACUUUGAAAUACCAAUGUACAUCUGCUCAGGAGUGACAAUUCGGUUCCUACGAGUGUUUGAGCAAGGCAUGAUGGCCCGAAGCUCUCAUCGAUGGGUUCGCUACAUCUCCCAUAGCGACUCGUUUGUAUUCAGAGUCUAGCCAUGCCCCCAGCCACGCCCACUAGUGGCAAACAUGUGAAUAAUUGGUACUAGGUUUUCAAUUUCAGCUUAGUUCUAGUGUGUGAAGCAUUUUCAUAAAUGAUAUACUCCACUUAAUUUUGGAAUACCCAGGGUGUAAUGUUUGGCAAAACGAAUAUUUUUGCAAAUUGUAACCUAAAAAUGUGUAGAUUGACAAAUUUUGUGUUCAGUGA